AUGUCUUCGGACAACAAUCUUUUCGAUCCCAAUUGGGCUUAUGGCCAUGGUGACAAUGGGGCUAACGCUCAACAAAUUUCCGUCCCGGAACCUUCUGCAUUCCGUGAGAAUCAACAGCUAGUUCUAGAAAUGGAAGUUUCUAAUAACUAUCGAGACCCAGGCCCAGUAAUGGCUGCUGCUCGUGGUGAUCAAGAUCAAGUGCUUGCAAUGACGGUUUAUCGUGGUGACCGAGACCAUGUUCCAGCAACGACAGUCCACGGCGACUAUCGCGACCCGUUGCUGGUAACGACGGUUCAUGGUAGUCGUCAAGAUCCAGUUUCGGGAAUGACAGUUCCUGGUGGUCCCCAAUCAAUGGAUCACGGCACUAGCUGGGAACAAGCUUACUUUCAAGCUCUCAACCCUGACCAUACAGCCAGGCACCAGGAACGCGCCAUGGUCGUCCAAACCCAUAUUAUGCGGGUUUCUGCGGAGUCUCGCUCUGCUCAGGAUGAAGUUCUUGCAACAGCACACAUUCAAACUCGGGAAAACGUUGCCGCUACAGGAGUAAUUUAUAGCCCACGCUAUGUUCCACCCCCAGCCCAUAACCUUUUCCCGGAAUACCACAGACGUCCGGUGUUUCCAAUCCCGUAUGAUUUUGAAAAUGCUCCCCAAGAGUUCCCCCACGUCAAAAACCCAGAGAAUGGCGAGACGAACGCGGUCAACCUCAUGGACUUUUACAUUCGUCAAUACAAUGAACUCGUUCUCCGUUGGAUUCACCUUUUGGAAGUCCUCCCACAGAAUUAUCUCGUCCACUUGGCCUACGGAUUUGCCAAAAUUGAAGCCGAGUAUCAAAGGAACCGUGAGCGUAUUGCCGAACAAACCAACGAAGAGUUGUCCUUCGCGUGGUAUUUUGGACCCUUCUUGUGCCGCCGUACGUACUCUUAUUAG